CCCCCGCAGUGGAGCCGUACGACCGAUCGAAGAUGAAGAUGAGGCCACCAAUUUCGGAUAUCAAGCGCAAGAAGACGGGACCACGACCUUGUUUGAUGAAGACGGGGACGAAGAUCCAUUUGCGAUCGAAUUAGACACGAUCUCGACCAGCGGGGAAAGGCUCUACUUGCACAACGUGCUGUAUCUGGGCUUCAAGAUCCGAGAGCGGUGGCACCGCGAUGCCGCAGAGCUGGACUACUCCCUUGUGAAAGAGACUUCUAGUAGUAGACGAAAGGGCAUGGGCACAACAGCGACGAGAUCAUCAUUAUCAAAUCCUGGUGACGGAACUUCUUCUGAAACAUCAGACCAAGAGCAGGAAUUGCUAGGGCUAGACGAAAGUACAUCACCUUCAUCAAGCGAUACAUCAAAGAGGUACUACUACCAGGUAAGCGACUUUGAUGUGGAGGAAGAUACCGAAUCGCAGGAGCUGCUAGGGGGCCGCAACGUGGAGCAGGAGCGCGCGGCGUGGCUGAAGACGGCCAGGCGACUGCAGGCCGACGCCGACCUAGCGCAAAAGGAGGCCGGAUCCCUACUGAAGCUUUUUGCGGCGCAGGCUGGAGCCUCCUCCCGUGGCGGC